CGAUCUGUAAAUAGAUAUAUCGCGCACACUUAAAGCUCGAUUCACAGUAUCGAUUUGAGAUUAAUCAUCACUCUCGUUCUUUGCACGUUCGAGAAUAAAUAUCUUCUUAAUGUACUUCAUAUUUGGCCGAUGAACUGUCAUAGCUCUCUUACAGCUUUAUAAAAUAUAAUAUCAAAUAUAAUAAACUAUGAAAGAGAAAGAGAGAGAGACAGAAAGAGAAAGAGAGAGAGAGAUAGAGAGAAAGAGAGAGAGAUAGUUGGAAACGUUGGAAAAUCAAAGUACCGUUAAAUUAAUGCAAUAGACCGACAAGUGGAAUAUGAUAUAUCACACGUUUACAUCAUUGAGAUAGGCCCCCCGAGCACAGAUGCAGUCAUGCAGUUUAUAAGCUUUCGGUAUUACCAAGUAUAUUUACCAACAUAACGAACAACAUUUUAUCAGAUGGGAUCAUAUUUUUUUGAAAAUAUUCUUUUCACUCUAUAUAAAUCAAACAGUGGAUAAGAAUGCUCAUCCUUGUAACAUGGUUCUUUUUUUUACAUCAAAUUGCGGCUGAACAAUUUAUGGUAGAAAAAUGGGUUGUGAAUUUAACAACCAAUUCCAUUGGCUUAGCAAUGGAAGAAACAAAGACCGUUCCAUUCUCUGUCAAAACGAAAUAUCCAGGAAAUUUCAGUUUUGAUUAUAUAAGCGAAUCGACCAAUGUUGCAACAAUAAGUGGUGUUAUUAAUCAAAAUGAUAGCAAUCAUUUCUAUGGUAUACUUAAUAUCACCGGUAUCUUUUUGGGUACUACAAAAAUUAAAUUAUAUCUGAUGAAAGAUAAGAACAUAGAAGACAGCAAAGAUAUUCUUUCUGUUACGGUAGUGCGUUAUCAACGAACGUUAGAUACGAUAUUUACUGUUAGUGUUGCAAUACUUGUAUCUAUUCUCUAUAUUAAUUUUGGCUGUGCUAUGGAUUGGGAAGUAUGUAGAAGAACAUUAAAGAAACCUAUCGGCCCUGCCAUAGGAUGUUUUUGUCAAUUCUUCUUUAUGCCUUUGUUGAGUUACGGUAUCGGAUAUUGUUUAUUUCCUAACAAACCUGAACUACAAAUAGGCAUGUUCUUCACAGGGAUAAGUCCAAGUGGUGGAGCAUCAAAUAUUUGGACCGUAUUAUUGGAUGGAAAUUUGAAUCUUUCUAUCACUAUGACUACGAUAUGCACUAUACUUGCUUUUGGGUUUAUGCCAUUUUGGGUAUUUACCCUAGGCAAACGUAUUUUUGAACGCGGAAACCUUGCCAUACCUUAUAAUCGUAUCGCAAUGUUUGCAGUUGGUCUUAUAAUACCUCUAUUGAUAGGAUUUCUUAUACAAAAGAAAUUACCAAAAUUAUGCAAGUUGAUGAUACGAAUAAUGAAACCAUUUUCAGUAAUUCUUAUAAUAUUUAUCGUUGUAUUUGCUAUCCUUACUAAUCUAUAUUUGUUCAGAUUAUUUUCAUGGCAGAUAAUGGUAGCAGGCAUGGGUUUGCCAUGGUUGGGAUUUAUUUUUGGCAUGUUGGUAUCCUUAAUCUUUAAGCAAUCUCGGCCAGAUAUUAUAGCAAUAGCGAUUGAAACAGGAAUACAAAAUACAGGUGUCUCUAUUUUUUUACUUAGAUUUACUUUAAAGCCACCUGCCGAUGAUUUAACUACAGUGGUACCAGUAUCAUCCGCCAUAAUGACCCCCAUACCGUUAAUAAUUUUAUAUAUAGUAAAACUAAUAUUUAACUAUAAACGCAAGCUACAAAAGCGUACAACAAAUACUUCCAAAUCUUUAGAAAAUUCUGAAUGUUGCACAGAACCUAUUAACACUGCCCUACAAAGUAAUUUGCAUUAAAAAUAAUAUAAUACGUGCGUUGAUGGCAAUAAAUAUAAUUUUUAUUCACAGUUCAAGUUUG